AUGUCUCUCGUGAGAGCUCGAAGCGUCGCCUGCUUCCGAGCAGGCAGGCUUGCCGCUCCUGUCAACGCUCGUUUUGUCUCAAACUCCACUGAAGCGCCGGUCAAGACCAGCCCUUCCGAGGCGCCGACCACGCCUCAGACCGAGAGCUCCCUGAUCAGGAAGGAGAGUCCUUCAGAAGCAAUGGCUCGUCAUCAGCCAGAUUAUAAUGCGACCAUUGACCAUGGCACAUCGACCUUCUCGCCUGUACCGAAGCGUGUUAUGGAUGGCAGCGAACCCGGUGAUGUUGUGGCUGCUGCAGUCCUGUCUGGAGCGCCAACCGACCUCCAAGCCCGGACUGUCAGAAUCUACAAGCCGUCGAAGCCCGCAACGCAAUCUGGGACCUGGCAUAGCCACCAUUGGCGGAUGGACUGGGAUCCUUUGCCGAAGGGUUACCGAUGGGAAAACCCUCUGAUAGGCUGGCAGUCAUCUGCUGAUGCCAUGCAGGGCACCCACUUGAACUUCAAGACCAAGGAGGAUGCGAUACUGUUUGCACAGAAGCAAGGCUAUGAAUAUUAUGUUCAGGAGCCCAAUGAGCGCAAGUUUGUCCCCAAGGCUUACGCAAACAACUUCCUGCAUUCGCCGAAGAAGCUCAAGCACAUCAGAACAAAAUGA